UCAGUCCCUGUCCGGUCAUUGUAGCGUGUAUACGCUCUCUCAUGUCAUGUGUGGAGUGUCCGGCCUGUUUCUCUGUUGCCUUGGGCAUUUGGAUUGUGGAUUAAUCAACUACCUGAACGAUGGCCUGUUUCCGUGGCAACCGGGAGGAAUUUUAUGGAGAGGUCCUCCUAUUGGACGAGAGGAAAAUCACACUAACAGCCGAGCGAGGCAUCAAGAAAUCUUCGAAGGCGAUGGCCAUCUUGCAGCAGGUGCUUUCUCACCUUAACUUGGUCGAAGUCGAGUUCUUCGGUUUGAGAUUCUGUGAUCAAAAACAGCAGACGCACUGGUUGGAUCCUUCAAAAACUCUUUCACAACAUCGAAACCUCGUUGGGCCACCGUACAUUUUCUACUUUGGUAUCAAAUUUUACGCUGAGGAUCCGUCUAAACUGAAAGAGGAAACUACACGGUUUCAGUUCUACCUGCAGGUUUGUCAGGACAUCCGACGAGGUCAUCUGCCAGUCCCACCCCACCUCAGACCCAGACUCUCCGCUCUGAUGCGGCAGGCGGAGCGAGGCGACCACAGUGAGGUGGAGCAGUCGGACUCAGAGGAGAAUCGCAUCUACAAAACACUAAACGGUGUCUCUCGUCCUCAGGCUCAGUGUCUCUUCCUGUCUCUCUGCAGCUCCCUGCAGAUGUUCGGAGUCUCUCUGUUCGCCGCCUACGGUGAGAACCAAACCGAGUACUUCCUUGGUCCAAUUCCAGGGGGCGUGGUCAUCUACAAGAACAAAGUGCUGGUGGGAAAGUAUUUCUGGCAGAGAGUCACCAAAAUUCACUUUAAAGACGAGACCUUUGAGCUCAGAGUCGUCGGGAAAAAAGGUUCAGAGACAUCCUUCUUCUUUCAGAUGUCGGAGCGAUCCGACUGUAAACGUCUGUGGAGAUCAUGUGUGGAGCAUCACGUCUUCUUCAGGAUGUCGAAUCCAUUAACAAACAAACUGAAACACAACAGUGUUGCUCGUUCGCCCACUCUUCCUUGGUUGAAGGUCGGCUUGCUGAGAAAAAAAACGUUCACCAAGCAAACCGCAGGAGAUUCCUGCAUGAGACCAGAACAGCACAGUGCCAAUCAGACAGUGAGUGUGCAGACGGCGCCUCCUGCGGUCCAGAGGUCAGAGGGCUGGGCAGCACAGGACCAGGCAAAGCCCAGAGCACCAUGGGAAAACAGCAGCCCUCUGAGCAGCCUCUUCAACCCUCGCUUUCCUCCAAAAACCAAAGAAGAAGAAGAUCAACACAGAGUGAGACCCCAGAGGCGUAGCAGAAGUCUGGAUGGCGAUGGAGCGAUCAGACGGCGAGGCCGGAGGUCUCGUUUCCAUGACAACACAAGCAGUGGCAGCGAAUCCGAGAAGACGGCGAGUAAUGGCGAGAGAUACAGAAGAUCAAAGAACAGACAAAGUCCAGAUGUCCUGACGUGGAAACACAUCCAGAAGCAGCUGGUGGAACCCGACGGUUUGAUUGACAGACAACUGGAAGAAAUACCUUAUAUGGAAGUGAGAGUCUCUGGGGAGCCAAUAAAAACGCACCGUAGUCCGAGGAGGCGAGGACAUUGUCGGUGGGCGUCGGCUUCAGAACUUCAUUCAAAGGUGGACCUGGUUCCUCCUCUUCCUGUUACCAAGGCAACAGACACUUCCGGUGGAUUACCCACAAGUCCAUGAGGCAGCGGUCGACUCUCUACCCACAACUGAUUGACAGUACUUCAUGUGAUACUAUUAAAACACACGUUACCCCGAUUACUGACAGUA